AUGUUCUCCUCAAACUCAACUCUGUCCUUCUCCUCAACCGAACUCAACUCCUCCCAUCUCAAUCACUACUCAAGGGCACCAUUCAGACCACGAAACCAUCCCAAGUCUCGCUCAAAGCUCCACCACCACCAUCAACACCAACACGACCAUCACCCCUCCUGGUCAUCCUCCCUCUCCGCCUUCUCCCUCCAACAACAACAACGCGCCAGUGGCUUCUUGAUCGACGAGUAUGGAAACGAACAUGACCCCGAACGUAAGCCCUGGACUCAACCGUCCGUCAACCUCGUCGCCACUCGCGCAGCUCCUCAUCCACCAGCACCUCCUCGGAUGCCAGUCUGCGUUCCAGGAGCAGCAGCAGCAGCACCUCCUCCUCCAGCAGAACCUCCUCCUCCGACUCCUCCGAGUCCACAUCCACCCGAGCCUCCCAGCCGCACUCGCCCAGCAGCAGUUCCCACUGGACCCGCUCGAGCCCUCAAGCGCUCCCCAACCUCGUCGUCCACUCCUCCUACCACUCCCUCCCGCCUUCGGCCCCCGCCGCCCCAUCCACCCGCCUCUCCUGCUGGUCAUCCCUCAAACCCCGGCCCAAGAAGCUUUUCUUCUUCUUCGCCCACAACCACCGCCUCGUCCUCGCGCGGCUCACGAUCCAGUUGGACUCGCACCCUCUGGGCUCAUCUGAGACUUUCUUCUUCUUCCUCUCCUGCCCCUCCCAGUCCUCCCGUCUCCUACGCCCUCCACCAGGCCGCCCAUCCGAUCUUCUCCCUCCCCACUCACCCCGCUCCCGCCAAGCCCCCCGCCCAUCUCCCCUUCCUCACCCGCUUCCACCUCUCCCCCGCCUCUGAACAUCCUCACCAUCUCUCCGCCGUACGCAAGCGCCUCGAACUCGUCAAACUCGAGGUCCGCUUCGGCAUCCUCAGAACCCGCAAACGCGUCGUCGGCGCUUGGAAACAACAGACCGGCUGCAAGAAACUCUAA